CGUUCCGCCAGCUUUCUACCGUUACCGAGAGCGCGCGAGGGGGGACUUUUCCAUUUCUCUCGCUUUUUGGGGAUUUUAAGGCAUUUUUAUUAUUAUUCGAUCCGGCCAGAAAGGAGAGGAAAAAAAUACGGGUUACUUUGGAGAAAGCACAAUGUCAGCGACCUUCCCCGGACUUGUCCACGACGCAGAGAUACGUCACGACGGAUCAAACAGCUACCGGCUCAUGCAGCUCGGCUGCCUGGAGUCCGUGGCCAACUCCUCGGUCGCCUACUCCUCCUCCUCCCCGCUCACCUACCCGGCACCGGCGGGGACGGAGUUCGCCUCACCCUAUUUCUCGGCCAACCACCAGUACACGCCCCUCCACCACCAGUCCUUCCACUACGAGUUCCAGCAUUCCCACCCGGCCGUGGCCCCGGAGGCCUACGGCCUGAACUCGCUGCACUCGGGCCAGUACUACCAGCAGAUCCACCACGGAGAGCCCGCCGACUUCAUCAACCUGCACAACGCGCGCUCGGCCCUCAAGUCCUCGUGCCUGGACGAGCAGCAGCGGCGCGAGCUGGGCUGCCUCGACGCUUACCGGCGCCAUGACCUGUCGCUGAUGACGUCACACGGCUCACAGGCCUACGGCGUCGGUAUGCACCACCCGGACCAGAGGCUGCUGCCCGCCGCCGGCCUGGGCCUCCCUCCGCCUGCGGCGGACGACCUGCAGGGCUCCGUGGAAGCGCAGUGUGGGCUCGUGCUGAACGGCCAAGGGGGCGUCAUCCGGAGAGGGGGAACAUGUGUGGUGAAUCCUACAGAUUUGUUCUGCUCGGUACCAGGUCGGCUUUCGCUGCUCAGUUCCACCUCAAAGUACAAAGUCACCAUCGCUGAGGUGAAAAGAAGACUGUCCCCGCCAGAGUGCCUCAAUGCUUCCCUACUGGGCGGCAUACUGCGUAGAGCAAAGUCUAAGAAUGGAGGCCGGUGUCUUCGUGAGAAAUUAGACCGUUUAGGGCUCAACCUACCAGCAGGACGGAGGAAAGCCGCCAACGUAACGCUGCUCACCUCCCUGGUGGAAGGUGAGGCGCUCCACCUGGCGAGGGACUUUGGCUACACCUGUGAGACAGAGUUUCCCAGUAAGGCAGUGGGUGAACAUUUGGCGAGGCAGCACAGUGAGCCGAAAGAAACCAGCGCGCGCAAGAAGAUGGUCCUGGCUACAAAGCAAAUCUGUAAGGAGUUCCAGGACUUAUUGAGCCAAGAUCGCUCUCCUCUGGGCUCAUCCAGACCAACACCAAUCUUGGACCUGGACAUCCAGAGACACCUCACACACUUCAGUCUGAUCACUCACGGGUUUGGCACGCCGGCGGUCUGUGCAGCUCUCAGCACCUUCCAGACAGUGCUGAGCGAGAUGCUCAACUACCUGGACAAAACCUCGAGUGGGAAAACGAGCGGAGCCGGCGACCAACAGAUCAACAACAGCUCGGAAAAGACGCAGCUCCGGAAAACAGCCGAGCCCCAGAGCAAAGACGGGAAAACAGAAAAGACUGAGUAGCCCCCACCCACCUGGUCCCCGUGCCUUGGAGCGCUGCAUUUAGAAGUGUGCGUGUGUGAGUGUGUGUGAACGUGUGCACUCUGAAAGGGGAUCUGUUAUUUCCCAUGCAUUGCUGUAUCUUCUUUGGGACAAUUCCUAUUUAUUGUUAUUUAUUUAUCUUAUGUUGAAAUGUAACACUAACUGAACUGUCCCAAGCAAGACAUCCUGAUGUGUGAGCGAAAGCAGCACAUCCAGUGUAAAUGUGUGUGCGUGCGUGUGUGCGUGUCGUGACAAAGAGGAGCCUUGCCAUGGAGAUGGCUGUGACUCAUCUAGUACUUUUUUUCUUUAUUUAUUAAUUCUCA